CGUGGUUACACGAGGACCUGGCGGACACGAGCACUUCAUGGAGCUCUAUCGUUAUGAUCGAAAAACGACUUGAUAGUGCACCUCUUCCCGACUGUUACAUGUUGUGCUACUCAGAAAUAUCAAUAUGUAUCUCUGUUGACGACAACAACCACAAACGGCACUUCCUUGAUGACCUUCAGAGGAGCACAUAGUUAAAGUCGGUAGAAAGAGAUGCACUUCUUUGGACAGCUCGAAUGUAGACAGCAGGUCUUAAAUUUACCGCCCAACAGCGUGUCCGGUGGACCGCUACUCACUCCGCAGCAGCGCGGUGCUGGAGUCAUUCGAAUCGUACGGCCUCUGAAUCCGCAGGCACAAGGCAUACCUGCUAGCAUUGUCGGGGCCGCAACACCAGUAUUUGCAGGAGGAUCUCAGAUUAGUCGUGCACCAAGCAGGCCUACGUUGGGCGAGGGGAGCUUCGUAAAUUAUCGUCCGAUUCUUUCACCCUCACAGGCACGUCUGCCUGUCGGAAACCUGACGCGAGGGCAUGAAACUGAAGAUGACGUACAAGCAGACGAACCGGCGCCGCCUCCGUCCUCGCCCCGAAGAGCAGAAAGCAUCGUACGCGAAGAAGAAGAGAAGGGUCAGAUGCAACGAAGAUCCGCAGGGCUUCUCCGAGGUCUACCUUGUGACGAGGUCGAAGAGGCGCGUCGUAGCUUGGGCUUGGAGCCGUGUCCGCGAAAUAACGAACGCAGAACUACGAGAGCUUUGUCAGAUGGGAUCAGCGACGAAGAAGGCAGAGCCUCAUAUGGCAAUCAUGGUAUAAUUGCAGAUCAUCAUGACGAUGAGGACAAUCGUUUUCAAGAAUCGAGAGGGAACGCAGAGCACACAAUGAGUAGCUCCUCGUCAGAACAUAUGGCAAACGUCCCUGGGCCAUCUAGUACCCUGCUGGUGGAGCCAGCAAGCGGACGCACCGAGAGGGAGAGCAUAGAAGGAGAGGGGGAUCCACCAUCGCAGGAUGAGCAACAGCACGAACAGCGUCAUUCGACCGGGCCCACACUUUUCUCACCGGGGAGACCAGAGGUCGAGCUGAGCCGCAGCCAUAUUGUCUUAGAUCUGCGGCGCGAUUCUGCUAGGCAAGAGGAGGAGUCACCAUUACGAGUUACGGCUUCUGAGAUUCGCGACGAAUUGAUCGCAGCACUUCGAGCACCGCAAAGCUUUCUAGAAAAUGUUCCUCCUUCUAGUACUCCCCCGUCGUUACAUGCGUCGUUCAAUCCGAGCACACCACUCGACGUUGUAAGCCCAGAACAUGCAGGCAGUUGGAAUACUGUGGAGGCAGCGACGCCAUUGCGUCACCGUAACGAGUUGAGGCAGCUGUCUCCAAGUCGCAUCCCACAAAUUGCCGGAUCUGUCUUCCAACCAGGCGGGUCCGCGUCCCAGUUGGGCGGUUCAGCGUCUCAACUGGGUGGCUCAGCGUCUCGACUAGGUGGCUCAGCGACUCAAGUAGGCGCCUCCACGUCUCAACUACGUGAUUCCAGACGUCAGCUAGCAUCCGUAGCGGCCUCUGCGUGGAUGGCGCAGUCCCCGGCAUUUGUAGUGCCUCCUCCGAACGAAAGCAUAAGUGAUAUGGUGGGCCCGUCUACAAAUCCGAGUCGCGAAGUCACUUUGGAUGAUGCACUUGCCACUCCUCAACUUCAGGGUCAGGACGGACCUAGUCAGUUGCCGUCUAGCGGCACUAAUGCCUUGGGAUUACCAUUUCCUGGGCUUCCGAUUACUGGCGAGGUUGGCAGAGCGGCUCUUCGAAGUAGCUCAACGCCCCAAGAUGUACCACUGCCGUCGUGGGCAGACAUACAUGGUGAGGUUGCGACUUUGCGAAGAUGGCUUGCCACGUUUCAGGCAGAAAACGACCGCUCGCGAGAAGCAACAGAACGGUGGGACGCUCUGCUCCGGACGCGACGCGCCGCACUUCAGCAGCAGCGCGACGCGGAUGAACAAGCCAAUCAAGAUGGCGUGCCAACUGCCGUCCAGCAGCCCCGAAUCGGCGGGACGCCAGCUGUAGAGGCGAAUGCUGCAGCACCUUCAAGCCCGCGAGGGCGCAGAAGCGAAACCACCGCAGCAAACCGAGGACGCGACGACCACAGAGAGGACCCGAGUAGUCCUGAGCACACAAGAUUCCCCAACUUGCGGGAAGAGGACCAGCAGCGGCAUCACCGCGAAUCGGUGAUCUCUGCUGCGACAGUAGUCGAGCUUGUCCGAGACUUCAACAGUGGCAUGGACCGCAUUUAUCGCCUUCUUGGGCCGAUCCCUUUAUUUCCAAACCGAUUGCCGCCUCUGCGUAUUAUGGAAGUGCUCACAGCCGUUCGGUACUCCGCUGUAGGCUUUGACCGCGAUCGGGUGUUGUUAAGGUUGAAAACGGUUUUGGACCUGCUCGAGCAUGCACUGUGGACGACGACGUUGACGCGAGACAGUCGAAUAACAUUCCUCCGAGAAAUGGAGGGACAAGGCGAGCGACUGCGGCGCUUGUACCAAGCCAUUGAGGAUGCGCGAGAGCUUUCGCCAAUCACAGAGGUGGCGUCGAGCGCGAUAAGUACGACGCGAAACACGGAGAACGGCCUGAGCAGCAGCAUUACGUCCUUACUUGGAGGAGCCAACGCUGGAGGUCCGGGCUCCGGCUCUGGGAGAGUCCCGUCGACAGCCGUGGCGGCACCUACACGACCAGAGUUUCCGGCUCUACUGCACUCAUCGGCGCAGCAGCAAUCGCGGACAGGUGCGCCUCCGUCAGCCGCGGACACGUCUGCUGAUCCUCACGCGAGUCUAGCGUAUAUGGUCCGGAGGCGUGAACAUGAGAUACGCACUUCGGUCGGCAACGCAAACGCCACUUCGGACCGGUUUGGGGCCGUUCGGGGGACCGAGUCCACCGCACCGCUGCUCAGCAGCCGAGGCGAACUGCCUGCGCACGUCGAAGAGCGACCUGAUCAUCGUGCAAACCCUUUUUCCUUUCGCUCCCUUUUUCAAUCGGCCAUCGGGGAACCGUCGACGUGGACUCGCGUUAGGACGGAACAACUAGCUGACCGUCGCGCAGGAAACGCUUCUGGUGGUACGGUGCUGCGGCCUCCCUCACUGGCCGCGGCAGCGGCUGCGGUGGCCUUGGGCGGGGUGCCCAACGUAGGUAUGCCGAAUCGGUUCGCGGGUUCGGAGUCACUCUCGUUUAACAGCGCCACGGGCCAGCUGCAAGGUAGAGACUACAACGAAAUAGCCGCAUCGUUGGCGGCGCAGCGGGAAGCCGUCGCGAGACUUGUUGCGCGGAAUGAACGGCCUUUGGGGAGCACGAACCAGGAGGCGCCAAAUCCACUAGUACCUCCAGAGACAAUACCUUCUGGGAAUAUGAUUGCAGCAACGCUUGCCGGUGGAGCGCAAUACACAACGGGUAUAUCCGAGGAUGCUUUUGAUACAAUACUAAACGGUCUGCAGGGUGCACUACGUGGCAAUCAGGCUGCAGCUGGACCUCCUCAGCAAGGACCUGCGGAACAGAAUCAAGAACUUCACUUGUCUCGAGCGCAAAUGCAUUCGAUUCUACAGCGCCAUGGACGACGAUCGCGAGACGCGGAUGAGUCUGCACCCUCCCAGGGAAAUCAGCCAACGCGGUCACCACUCUCUGCGAGGCGUGCGCGUGCGUCUGCUACCUCAUCUGGUACCAGGUCUAGCGCACAACAACUAGCAGGCCAGUUUCCGGCUGCACAGUUCUAUCCCACAACAGGUGACGCUAUCGAUCGAGCUGGCCGCGGACGAAGGACAUCGCUUCUCGAACGAGCUCGCGUUGCCGCUGUUGGCGCAUUUGUCAUCCCAGCGAGAAACUGCUUCGCGGGUGUCGGCAAACUCCUGUCGGGAAGUCGCGGCAUUGCAGACAGCCUCAACUCAGCAUUGUCCGACGCCACAGGUAGGGGUGCGACAGCAGACACCACUGAGGACUUAGUUGACGACGUUCCGAGAGAUUUUCUUUGUCCAAUAACACUACAGCUGAUGGAGGAACCAGUUUGUGCAGGAAACGAGCGACAUUUACGGUAGGUUUGUAAUUUUUUUUGUCGCAGAGAGAUGAUUAGACAAAUUGGAGGUUAGGCAUAGUAGUUUGUUAGACAAAUAAACACAUUUACACCCCUUUGCCUUUCGCUGUGCGAUGUGGACUACCUUGACGGGUACCAGACCAUCCUAUCUUACAGUCUUCCAUCUAGUGGAUUUCUUGAAUUCGAGGGAUAGGAAUGCAUGUCAAUGUAAUCAACCACCAAGUAGGGAAAUUAGAGUCAUUUUGAAAAACUUUUUGUUUUUCUUCUAGCUCUAAAAAAUAGCUAUGAAUUGCCUGCACUUCGAGAGCAUCUGCGUGUGAAUGGCCGCUGUUCGUACCUAACACGUCGCGGAUUUCGGCUUAGGGGCAAACCGCCCAUUCCUGGGACUAACAGUUACGGAAAAGGUCUUAGUAAGUAAGCACAUCCCGAAGGGACUUCAACUUCCAGUCAAACGAUUACGAUCCGUCUCAGUACCUACCUACAGUAGAUUUCAAGGAAUUCGAAUUACGAAGAAAUUCUGGCAGACUGAUUCUUGGCCAUGCCAACUCUUCUAAAACAAUGAAGUCGUAUACGAUUCGCGAGUAUCCGAGUAUGCGACUGAAGUUGAGUGUCUGCGCUUUUGCCUGCCCCCCAGGAUCCUGGACUAUUUUCGUGACUCACGAUAUCUGGCUUCUAGACCCGAGGUGAUCCGUCCUAAUUUCGAGCUUCGCCGUCGAAUCCAAACCUGUAAGCGGCGAAACCCUAACCUUGGAGCGUGA